UUCCUGAAUCUUUUGAAACUGUCUGAGUCCCGCAAGGCAGCCUCACCUCACUCCGACCAGCUGGCUGGAGAGGUGCUUCCCAAGGCCCCGUGAGGUCACCUCCCCCCCAGUUCCCUCCUCGGAGCAGUCCCCAGACUUGGGGACGGAUUUCAGGGAUACCAGAGGGCUCCCCAUGGAUCUGCCUUGUUACCACGGCCCUCUGUCUAAGAAAGACUGUGAGACCUUACUGCUCAAGGACGGGAUGGAUGGCAACUUCCUGAUAAGGGACAGCGAGUCCUUGCCUGGAGUGCUGUGCCUCUGCGUCUCGUUUAAAAAUCUCGUCUACACAUACCGAAUCUUCAAAGAGAAACAUGGGUUUUACAACAUGCAGACCGCGGAAGGUGCUCCCAAACAGAUCUUUCCAAACCUAAAGGAACUGAUCUCUGCAUUUGAGAAACCAAAUCAAGGGCUGGUGGUUCACCUUGUGCGGCCAGUAAAGAAAACCAGCUCCCGCCGGCCAUGGAGGCGAUCACAGAUCAAGUUGGAUGAGAACAGCAGCAGCGACUAUGUGGAGGUCUUGCCUUGAAGACGAGGGGACUAAGCACAGCACGUUGGAAACACCUGUGGUGACAGCUCCCACUGCCACCCCUGCUUCUCCUGCAGAUGUGGGUCUCGAGUGCUGAGCUGUAAGCGACUUAUUCAGACGCUCCCGGCCUGGGUGCCUGGAGAUGUGCUGUCCACCAGCCUCGGGGACAUCGCUCCCCACGUCCCUACCUCCCACGCAGCCAUCGUGAGCAGCUUGGAAGCCCCUGUCCCCCUGAGCACUCUUCUUUCUUGGGACAGGACGGCCUGGACCGGCUCUCCCGGACUUCUUAAAGAUACCACUACAUCACGGGUGACACCUCCUGCGCGCCAGGCGAUCGAGGCGCGGCUUCCUCCAGAAGAGCCAACGCUUGGCCAUGUGGCCGUGGGUGAGGAGCGGAGUUCCAGUCCUGUGGCUCUGUGACUUUGGAUAAACGUCUUCCCCAGUCUGGGUCUCCAUUUCUUCACCUGUAGAACAAACACAUGCCCGUCUCUGCGAGGAGCCCAGUUGUAUCCAGGGGGGUUGAGGGGUCCUGGGGUGACGGAGGGGUCUGCGGGAUUGGUGAAGGCUCGGGGUCUCCAGCCAACAUGGUCUCCACACGUGCCUGUCCUGGUCUGGUCGUGAUGGGGGGGUCCUGACCCCUCCCCCCACACCCUUCUCCCCCAUAUUCUAGCUCUCCUUCUUUUUCUUACCAAUCCUGAUAUUCCUGUCAACACACAUCCAGGGGGACAUUUUUCUCCCUGGUUUUGCCCAAUUUCACAAAUGCACGAAUCACUUCAGCAGCGUGGAUGUAGCUCUGUCCCGCGCUGGCAUCUGUGGAGAUUGUAAAGAUGCCCCCCUACGUGUGGUUCCUUUUCUCACUGGGUUCUAAGUGCCUCCAAAGCACGGUUGGGUCUCCCUCGUGUGGAAAUGUGUGCUGCGUACAGCUGUGCCCAUUCACAGACCUUUCUGACCGGAAGCACAUUCCUGAAGGGUUUGUUGAAUCGGUUCUAAGUCCUUUGGUUCAACAUUUUAAUGGAGCCCUGAUUCGUGUGGAAUGUGCCGGAUUCCUUGCCCAUUCUCUUACCUAGCUUCAAAGCACGGUGACUCAUUUUACUCUACUGGUCUUACCUUCCAGAGUUAUUAAAGA